UGGAAACAACAGUUAGUCUGAGCAGCUGAGGAACAUCUUACCUUAUCAAGCACUAAAGGAGAAGAAGGAUUUUAGGUUGUGGUAACAUGGCAUCUCUGAAAACUGUGCUUUAUCUUGGAGUCUGUCUGUCUGCUUGGAUCAUCACUACUGCAGAUGAGAACUUUGCCCCCAAAGAGGAGAGCAUACACUGGGUGUCUCUGGACUUUAAAAUCGUCCUUGUCUGGACUACCAUACCUUCUGAUUACAAAUACAGCGUCUUGUACUCUAGCGAUGACAGUGUCUGGAAGCAGAGUCACUGCAUCAGAAUAUCAGAUUCAGAAUGUGAUCUGACCGAGGAGCUGAAACCCUUAGACAGGACCUACACUGCCAUUAUCAGAACAGAGCCGGACGAUGACAAUGACUAUGACUAUGACCCGGAUGUGUCCCAUGACAGUAAAUCCCCUUCCUUCAACCCCUAUAGAGAGAGUAACAUCAGCGUAGUGAAUUUCAACGUGGUGGUCGUGAAUGAGAACAGUGUGAUUGUGAACAUCACGGAUCCUCUGAGCGGGGAACAUGACACUGGGAGGCAGCUCAGCAUCAGAGACAUUCUCAAGAAGGACCUCAAGUAUAAGAUAAGCUACUACAAGUCUGGAAGCACGGGCAAGAGAGACAUCAUAUCUAACUCCACUACAGCAGAGGUGUCCAAGCUGGAUGCAGGACAGAUAUACUGCUUCAUGGUGGCAGCUUUCAUCCCCUCCAGACCCAAAAGCACCCAGCUGGGACCCUGGAGCAUCCAGCAGUGUACACCCGGAGACGUUUACGUCCUGCAAGAGCUGAGUCUAGCAGCGUGCAUCGGUGCAGUCUUCAUCCUGCUGACAGUCCUCGUCAUCAUUGUUACGGUGACCGUCCUCUGCUGCAGACGCCGCCGACAGAGAAACACAUUUCAGUCAUCGGCACCUGUUUAGUGCGAGUGCAUGUGUAUAUGUGUGUGUGUGGUGUGUGUGUGUGUGUGUGUGUGUUUUGUGUGUGUCUUACAAACUCAGGGAGCUGGUCUUCCUUCUUGUUUCUCUGUUUCUAAAAAACUUUACAUCGCUGUGCUCUUUGUUUACAGUGUAUUGUAGUCAUUAUUUUAUAUUUCAUAUUUUCAUUUUCAUUAAAAUGAACAUGUGCAGCUUGCUCUGAUAAUGUAAUGCUAUGCAUUUCUUGCUUUCAUCCCGUGAGUGUGAAUGACCUAUGUGGACUCAUGAUCAUCAGUAAAUCAAGAAAAAGUACAGCUUAAUUUUAGUAGAAUAAAUGCCACAGCAUGUGAUUUGUGUUCCUGUGCAGACUAAAUGUAGAACUUCCCAAAUCUUACCUUACCUUCUUUUAACCCUUCAUGUCAGUCCGGUUGACUGUUUUUACUAAACACAUUUUUCACAAUUUAUUGUUUGUCGAUUAAACUUUCCCUUUAAGUUCUGUCAGGACCAAAAAGAAUAAACCACUAAAAAGACAGUAAAUAAAGCUCUUUAGAGGCAUCUAGUGGCUGACUCUAGAAACUACAACAUCAGCAAACGCAACUCUACAAAUCCAUAUUCAUCUAUUCUGUUAGCCUCAUUCACAUUCAUUAUUCUUUAUUGUUUUGUUGCACAAGAGUAACCUUUGUUGAUCA